AUGGUCACGCCGAUGGCUACACUCGCCGCGCGCGGACGCGUGCGCGUCAGCUCCGAGGACAUGACGGCGGCGGAGGAGGCGGACGUCGAGGCCAGCGUGCGCGAGGCUCUGCGGCUACUGGAGGACUCUGGGGAGGGCGCGGAGAGCGAGGGGGAGCAGGAGGACGAGCCGUGGAGGGCCGGGAGGGCCGGGGAGGGCUACCUGGACUUUGUGCACGAGGUGAUGGAGGACAGGUGGACGCUGGAGGACAGAGAAGAGCACUCGGGACAGCAACAGGGACAGGAGAAGGUUCAGGAGGACGAGUGGCAGGAGGCCUACACGGCCAAGGGGCGGGUUUACUACUACAACCGACGCACGCGCGAGUCGUCCUGGAAGAAGCCGAGUCACUACAAUUCGAGUGAAAACCAGCCUCAGCCUGCUGCGGCUGCUACUGAAGAGGAGUCGAACCUGCAUCAAUCUGUGCUGCGACAGAGUCUGGGGUACAACCCGUCGGCGUCCGUGGCGGGGUCGGUGCCUGCGGUUUCGACGAUGGAGCGCCAGGCGACAUUGUACUGCAGCUUCUGCGGCGAGCAGCAACCGGGCGAUCAACUUGCCGCGCACUUCCACGAGUGCGCGUCGGCCAAGUUCCAUAAGCGACGCAUGUCCCCGCUGUACGUGAGUUUUGAACGGGCGCUUGGGCUGAUGUCGGAGGAUGCGACACUGCGCUCGCUGCAUUAUGCUGCGUCGUUUCCUGACCCCAAGCCUCACAGACGGCCAGAAGCUACGUCGAUGCAGGAUAGCCUACUGCUGCUGCGUCCCCGACGUCGGCGUAGUAGCUCGAGGGGGGCUAACUCGACGGAGAGUACGCCGCAGAAAUCGGCGAAUGCCUGCAGUAGAAUUUUCGGGACGGAUGAGAACGGGUUGAAGAAUUCACCGGAUCGCCACGGACAGCAAGAUCCUGAGCGAGUAUCAGCUCGACGGGCUACUGAUGUCGAGGCAGCUCGCCGACGAAAGAAACCCGUAAACAAGAGGAAAACAUCGCAGCCUACGAACAGUGCAUUUGGAGCAGGUCCAGCCGCGCAGCAAAUGGAGACGUGCCGGUACUGCAGCCGAAGCUUUGCUGAAGGUCGGCUGGCCAAGCACGAAGCAGUAUGUCCGCGUGUGUUCGGUAAUGAAGGUUCCUGGGGACGCGGCACUCCAUCAAACCAGAGUUCCCCUCCGAACCCGAGGAAUGCCCGAAUCGGAACGCCACCAAGCUCGACAGGCUCGGUGGCGUCCAAGUUGCACAAGCUCAAGGACCACACAUUGCAACAGAGCUACAAGGAACACCAAGCGACCCUUGUGCUAUGUCCGUGCUGCCGUCGGAAGUUUGCCCCCUCCGGCGCGCAACAGCACAUUGCGAUCUGCAAAGGUGUCCAGAACCGCCCCAAGAAUCCCAUCCCGCUCCUACGCGACUAUGCUAUCGCUGGCUAA